UACAUUUUUUAUUUUUUUGUUAAUUUAUGCAAAUUUUUUUGUGAGUACAUGCUUGGAAAUCAAUUAUCAAGUUAACAGUCUUUGGUCUACUGUGAUAAAAAUGACGUGGGAGCUCUAGCUAUUAUUAUGUCCGCGGAAAACAAGGUAAGAAUAGCUCACGAUCAAUUUUUAAAAAGUUAAAAGUCGAAAACAUUUACAUUUGGUAAUAUUUUCUCAUUGCUAUUUUUAAUUUAGUUGUGUUAUGUAACUAAAAUUAUUUAUUAUUAAGUCUGCCGUCGAUCGAGCUUGUUUAGGGUUUUUUUUUUAAAUUGUUUUCAGUGAUUUUCUUUAGGAAAAAAAAAAACACAACCUAAACAAUAAAAUUAUAAUUAAAAGAGGAAAAACUGAAAUAAAAUUACAACAACUGCGUAUGGAAUUUAACAACACAUUAACAAAUUUUCAAUUCAAAUUAAAAUGCAUUGUAAAAAUCAGAGGCAAACUAUGCAAAAAGAGGGACGUCUUUCAGUCAAUUGAAUUACUAAAGCAAGUGGUUAGCUGUACUGAUAGGAAGAGAAAUAAACAAAAAUAAACUGAACAUUUUCAUGGACGAUAUAGAUGUAAUACUAUUGUAAUGAUUUUUUAUGGUGGCCAUUGAAAAUUCCUUUAAUCACUGUUUAUUGAUGCAAUGCAGCUGUUUCCCUGAUUGCAUAAGCACGCUGGGUCAAUCACAAACUUAACACAUAAUUUACACUGGCGUACGAAAAAGCUAUAUUUAAGGUGAAUUCAUUUGUGAUAGAUCUACUCUAUUUAUUUAGAUUUAAUAUAUAUUAUCAUUCUUUGUGCAAGUUACUGGCUUCAUUAUUGCAUUUGUUUGGUAUUGAAAAUAUGCUGUAGCGCUAGCCUCAACAGUGUGUAGGCUAGACGUACAUGAUUCACAUACAGCUAAAACAUUUGGCUAGGAAAAAAAUGACUGGAGUGGGAUAUGUUGAAUCACUUGGCUAAAUUCCCAAGUUGUCAAAUGUAGAGUAGGGGUGUAAACUUGUGCAGAAGUCUUGGAUGAUGGAACUACCUUCCAUUUCCAAUAAUGUGCAGAGAUGAUGUAUUUUUCUAGUUCUCUAACUGAAUAUAUAUAGGAUUAUAGACAUUGUUACAUGCAGUAUGUUUAUGUACGGUAGUGUACUGUGCAGCACAGCUGUUAAUAAGUACAUACACCGUGAUUUCCCUUUAAUAAAUUCACGCCUCUUGUAACAGUAAAAAUUGGAAAAGAAAGAAACAAACUUUAUAAGCUUUAUUUCAAGGAAAUCUUAAAGCUACGAAGUACUAAGUAUAUAUCGCUUGAGACUUCCAGUUAUUUGUUCAUUCAUUAUUACUCGACACUCGGUCUAAAGAGGAUUUCUGUUAACUACAAUAUGGUCAGCAAUGGUUAUUUGAGGGAUUUAACUUUAACAUUCCCAGAUGGAAAAACUGCAACAGUGACUGUCGAUUUGCCAACUUACAGAUCUGCUGUAGAAGAAAAUGAUCAGUCUGUCAUUGAUGAAAUUGUGAAGAAUUACAAUGAGAUACAAGCGCAAGCUGAAGGUGAUGUUAUUCAAUCCAAAAAAACUGUGCAUCAGCCAGAGUUAGAAGUUAACACAGCUCACCAGCCAGAGUUAGAAGUUAACACAGCUCACCAGCCAGAGUUGGACGUUAACACAUCAGACAGUGACAGUCAGUCUAAAGAGAAUAUUAGCCAGUCAGAGUUUAACAUUCACACUUCAGACACUGUAAACUGGAGACAUGAAGAGGUGAUGCUAUUAAUAUCACUGUAUGCAGAUCAUCAGGAUAUGUUUAGCAGCUCUGCUUACAAAGCCUUUCAGGUUUGGAGGAGAAUAGCAGAAGAGAUGGCUACAAAAGGUUAUAGGUUUACUGGUUUACAAUGCGACAAGAAGUUCAGAUCAUUGAAGUACAGGUACAAGACGAUUGUUGAUGCCAAUGAGAAGAGUGGAAGAGGUAGACGAAAAUGGGAGUUUUUCGAGGCGAUGGACGAGUUGUUGGCGGGGGAUCCAUCAGUGAGGCCUGUUUCAGUUCUCUCCUCCACAAAAG